CUAAGAUUUCAAGUUCAUAAAAGUACUGUGUUCAAGGCACUUAAUUAUUAAGAAACUAAAAUUAUCAACAUUGCUUGGAUUUUUUGAUAGAAAAGAAAUAAAAUCAUUUUCUGAAACUGUUUUUCAGAAUAUCACUGAAACAUAAAAACGUUUAGCAUGUAAUUUAAGAUCACUAAGGGUUAAAUACUUGUUCUCUGGCCCCUACUGCAUAUACUCUGCCAAAAACUCCUCUAAGCUUUUAAAUAUUGCUUCGAUGGUCUGGAUUUUACUUCCAUGGAAAAAGGAGUAUUGUCUUACAGUCAGCAGGCCACUAGCUUAUUAACUUCCAGUCACCUUAAUUUUUGUUAAAAUGAAGAUUCUGCAGUCUACACUUCUCCUGUUACUGUUUGUGCCUCUGAUAAAGCCAGCACCACCAACUCAGCAGAACACCGAUAAUUUUGAAGAAAUUUUAUUUACUCGACAUUAUGAGGAUCAAUACCUGGAUGGAAAAAAUAUUAAGAAAAAAGAAUCCAUGAUAACACCUGAUGAGAAAAGUCUUCAAUUACAAAAAGAUGAGAGUUCAACAUCAUUACCCCUCAAAAAAGAAAAUGAUGAAAUGCCCACGUGCCUGCUGUGUGUGUGUUUAAGUGGCUCUGUAUACUGUGAAGAAGUUGACAUUGAAGUUGUACCACCCUUGCCAAAGGAAUCAGCCUAUCUUUAUGCACGAUUCAACAAAAUUAAAAAGCUGACUGCCAAAGAUUUUGCAGAAAUACCUAAUUUAAGAAGACUCGAUUUUACGGGAAAUUUGAUUGAAGAUAUAGAAGACACUACUUUUUCAAAACUCUCUCUGUUAGAAGAACUGACACUAGCUGAAAAUCAACUAUUGAAACUUCCAGUUCUUCCUCCCAAGCUUACUUUAUUUAAUGCAAAAUACAACAAAAUCAAGAGUAGAGGAAUCAAAGCAAAUACAUUCAAAAAACUGAAUAACCUGUCCUUCCUCUAUUUGGACCACAACGCGCUGGAAUCUGUGCCUCUUAAUUUACCAGAAAGCCUACGUGUAAUUCAUCUUCAGUUUAACAACAUAACUUCAAUUACAGAUGAUACAUUCUGCAAGGCUAAUGACACCCGUUAUAUUCGGAACCGCAUUGAAGAGAUACGCUUGGAGGGAAAUCCCAUUGCCCUGGGAAAGCAUCCCAACAGUUUUAUCUGCUUAAAAAGAUUACCUGUAGGCUCAUACUUUUAACCACUAUUAGUGCAGCAUAUAAACUAAAGCACACACAUAAUUAUAAUCUAUCUCAACAAUGUCUAAAGGAGCAUAAAUACCUGUUUAAUAUUAACUUUGUAUCCCACUAUGAAGGAAUUUUAUGUUUUAAGCAAGUAUGUUCAAAAGCUUACAUAUAAGUAAGAAGUACGUCUGAAUCUCUAAGUUUAAAACAAGGUAAUGAGAAAAUAUUUAAACAGUACUAGAAAAUCUUUGUAGUCUAUAGUAGAGCGCCAUUUAAAAGGUAUGCUUUUAUGCAAAUACCCAAAAUUAAGAAGCAUUAUUUCUAUUACUAAUGAAGUAAAAGGAUAAGUCCAAGAAACUUUCAA